AUGCCGACACCAAAAAUUGUUUAUGUUAUAAGUUUCGCUCUUUUCACGAUCUCCUUUGCGUUGUCGAUAGUCUCUAUAUUCGUACCUCGCUGGCUAUACUUUGAAAGUCCUAGACCACAUUGGUCAGUUACAAAUUAUGGUCUUUUCACGAAAUGUUCAACAAUAAUAGACGGCUGCCGUCCGUUCCCAUCAGAAGAAUACGGUGAUUGUGACGAAGAAGGCUUCUGCAGUGAAUGGAAAGCCGCGACAUAUGAUUUGAUUGUCAGUUCAAUAAUCGGUGGGAUCGCGUUAUUAUAUCUACUCUUUAUUGUGUUGAUCAAAGGCGACUCUUCAUCGCAAGAAGAGGAUAAGGCUUGGAUGUGGGUUACCGGGAUGUUUGCGUUGAGUGCCUUUCUGCAAGCAAACACGAUUACAAUAAUUUACUUCCUUAAGAACAAUUCUGCUUUAUUUCAGUAUGAGACAUUUGAUCUUAGUUUUGCGUUAUCGAGUAGCUCAAUGGGUUUGAGUUUUGUUAUUGCGAUUUUGUUGGGCGUUAGUGGACUUUGGGCUCGUUGGCGAGAUGUUGGAGGAUAUGAGCUAAUUGAAUAA